GGCGGGGCGGCGGGAGCGCGUGGCGCGGGAAUGGAGGCGCACCGGGACAUGCUGGAGCAGCUGGAGAGUCUGGCCGUGGCGCCGGACGGGCAGCGGGCGGCCGGCUCGGAGAACGCGCCGGGCCCUGCGGGGGACGCUGGGGAAGCCCGGCAGGACCCGCUGCCCCCGCUGCCUCCGCUGCCCGCAGCCGCCGGGGAGCGCCGCACGCCGCAGCCCUCCUGGCCCCGCGCCCCCGUUGUGACCGUGCUCUCGUCGGACUCGGACAGUGAUGCAGAUUCRCAUUCAUCAGCUACAUUCUCCUCUUCACUUUCACCAGUAUCUGAUGAAGAUGAUCAUCCAAAUGAGAGGGAUAACAAACCUUACUGUAUUAAAACAAAGGAUGAAUUGACUCUUGAUGCACUACCUCCUGUUGAAGACUUACAAAUAAUUCUGCCAGAUGAUGUUGAACUGAAGCUCUUUGGGACAGUUUCCAGUAUCAUUGAGCAGCUAGUAAUAAUUGAAUCGCUGAGCGGCCUACCUCCAGUAAAUGAAGAAAGUAUAAUUUUUAAAGAGGAUCGGCAUGCAGCAGGAAAGAUAUUUGAGAUAUUUGGUCCCGUUUUACAUCCUUUUUAUGUGAUAAGAUUUAAUGGCUCUGAUCAUAUCAAAGCAAAAGGUAUUAAUGUGCAAGAUAGCAUGUAUUUUGCUCCAUCAGUGAAGGACUUCACCCAGUAUAUAUUUGCAGAGAAACUAAAACAGGAGAAAGGUUCAGAUGCAUCUUGGAAGAAUGACCAAGAACCACCACCUGAAGCUUUGGAUUUCAGUGAUGAUGAAAAAGAAAGAGAGGCGAAACAGAAGAAGAAGCCUCAAAAAGGAAGGAAGAAACUCAGAUCAGAAACAGUUCCAUCAGGUGAGAAUUCAGGACUUCGACAAUCAGUACACCAGCCUCCUUCAAGUAAUUUGAGACCACGCCRUGGCAGAGGGUUCUCCAGGGAGUCCCUUCCUCCUCCACCAGGCCCUCGAGGGUUCUUUAGACCAAAAUUAAGACCACCACAGCUAUACUCCUCAGACAAGAGGAUGCACCAGGAAUCACCAGUGUUUCCACAACCUCCUAGAAAAGAAAAUCCAAUGAUGCAACAGUAUUCCUUUCCUCCUCCAGUGUUUGGUUCUGUCAAUGACGGGCAUCAGUUCCGCCCUCCGCCUUCAAAUACGAAUGUGAUGUGGAGAGGCCCAAGCACGUACAACUCAUCGUAUUCAUUUGUGCCACCUCCGCCACCACCACCGCCACCACCUCCUCCAGAUAGCCAUCCUCCUCAGUUCAGGCCUUACUAAGUUUCCAUACAUGUCCAUAUUGAGCAUUGCAGUUUAUAGGGAGAAAGAACAGGCUGCCAAGACUGUUCCUUUAUCUUGGAGUUGCUUUCUUUUACUACAGCAGUAGAACAAAUGCAGAGUGUUCUGCUUUGUGAGACAUCCAUAGAAAUUUUUUUUUCUACAUGUGUUUUCUGUUUCCUAAAAUAAAUUUAUAUGAUAAAAGUAACUGAAUAUUAAGUAAUGRUUUAUUUUUAUAUUAUCUACUACUUCUAAGCUGAUAAAUAAAAGCCUUUUGGAGACUGGUA